AUGUGGAUCCAGGCUAAAAUUUUCACGGUUGUUUUUUUGGAUUUAUUAAGCCUUGCCGCGUGUUCAACUACAUUACAUCCUACAAAUAGCCCAUAUAGUCAGCGGGCUCCCAAAGCAGCUAUUCGUGCUUGUCGACAUCGUCCAAUAGCUCCUCAGGCUCCUCAGGGUCCUCACAGUGUACAGUAUCUGCAAGGUCAAGAAACCUCCAAAGGCGCCACAAUCAAAAUCGGUCCUCCAGGCCCUCAUGGUCUACAAGAUCCUCAACGUUCUCAAGACUUACAAAAUCUGCAAAUUCCGCAAGUUCCCAAUGAAGACACAAUCGGCCCUCAAGAGCUUCACGGCCUGCAGGGUUCAAAAGGUCGGCAGCAUUUACAAAAUUCCAAGGGAAACACAGGAAACAAUAGUACAAUAGGCCAUCAAGACCCGCAAGUUCUACAAGGUCUGCAAGACUCACAAGGUCGGCAAGACUCACAAGGUCUGCAAGACUCACAAGGUCUGCAGUUUUUACAAGACCUUAAGGGAAACACAGGAAACAAAAGUACAAUAGGUCAUCAAGACCCGCAAGUUCUACAAGAUCUGCAGGGCUCACAAGGUCUGCAGUAUUUACAAGAUCUUAAGGGAAACGCAGGAAAUAAAAAUACAACAGGUUCUCUAGGCCCGCAAGUUGCCAAGGGAGCUACAGGUACAACAGGUCCUCAAGGUCUAGAGGGUUCACAAAAUCGGCAGCAUUUACAAGAUGCUAAGGGAACCACAGGAAACGGAAGUACACUAGGCCUUCAAGACCUGCAAGUUCUACAAGGCUUGCCGGGUCCUCAAGGUCUUCCAGGUCCUAAGGGAGAUACAGGGGCGGCAGGUGAAACGGGUCCUCAGGGUCUUCAAGGCCUUCCAAGUCCAAAAGGAGAUAUGGUCGCAACAAAUACAACAGGCGCAACAGGCCCUCAAGUUCUUCAAGAUCUUCAAGGCCCUCAAGGACUUUCAGGUCCUAAGGGAGACACAGGCGCAACAGGUGCAACGGGUCCUCAGGGUCUUCAAGGCCUUCCAGGUCCAAAGGGUGAUACAGGUGCAACAGGCGCAACGGGUAAUACAGGCGCAACAGGUCCUCAGGGUCUUCCCGGUCCUAAGGGAGAUGCAGGCGCAACAGGUGCAACAGGUGCAACAGGUCCCCAAGGUCUUCAAGGUCUUCCAGGUCCAAAAGGAGAUACAGGCGCAACAGGAGACACAGGUGCAACAGGUCCUCAAGGUCCACAGGGCCCACAAGGUAUUCCGGGAAUCAAUGGGAUAUCUGCUGGUUAUACAAUCCGUUAUGGCUAUCUAGGUUGCUAUGUAGCAAACCCAGACGGCAAUUUUGGGUUUCAGACAGUUGUUGCACAAAUGGUUCUUACAACAUCAGUAGAUGACUGCUCAAACUUUUGUGCCAGUCAGUCUACUGGCAACACACUUUACUUUACGCUGAGCACAAACUCUAAUGGAGACUCAGUCUGCACAUGCGGUAAUGCACUUAAUUCUUAUGAUUAUUUGCAUGUGGGAGUGCCGUUUUUAUGUAACACUCCCUGCCAAUUCUCUGGAUCUUCUUAUAGAGCUUAUUGUGGUGGGCAAUUUGGUCCUGACCCAUUGGUCUCUAUGUUUGGGGCAAUUUGA